AUGUUUCCUGCAGCCCUGACGACCCAUUCAGGACAGUCUGGCUACGAGGCCUUCAGUAUGUCUGACACUUAUCCAUUUAUUAGGGGUUGUGACGGGGGUGACCUGGACGGGGGUGACCUCCUGGCAGCAGCCUCACAUCAACAGACUCCCAGCAGACUCCCACAGCAACAGACUCCCACAGCAGCAGCCUCCCACAUCAACAGACUCCCACAUCAACAGACUCCCACAGCAGCAGACUCGUGGUCCCAUCAACAGACUCCAGCAACAGCCUCCACAGCAGCAGCCUCCCAUCAACAGACUCCACAUCAACAGACUCCCACAUCAACAGACUCCCACAGCAACAGCCUCCCCACAGCAACAGCCUCCCACAUCAACAGACUCCCCCGUAGCCCACAUCAACAGACCCCACAGCAACAGACUCCCACAGCAACAGACUCCCACAUCAACAGACUCCCACAGCAACAGCCUCCCACAUCAACAGACUCCACAGCAAUAGCCUCCCACAGCAACAGACUCCCACAUCAACAGCCUCCCACAGCAACAGACUCCCACAUCAACAGACUCCCAACAACCUCCCACAUCAACAGACUCCCACAUCAACAGCCUCCCACAGCAACAGACUCCCACAUCAACAGACUCCCACAUCAACAGACUCCCACAUCAACAGACUCCCACAUCAACAGACUCAAACAGCAAGAGCCUCCCACAUCAACAGACUCCCACAUCAACAGACUCCCCAGCAAGAGCCUCCCACAUCAACAGACUCCACAUCAACAGACGCCCACAACAGCCUCCCACAGCAACAGACUCCCACAGCAGCAGCCUCCACAGGAACAGACUCCCAUCAACAGACUCCACAGCAACAGACUCCCAUCAACAGACUCCCACAGCAACAGCCUCCACAGCAGCAGACUCCCACAGCAACAGACUCCCACAGCAACAGGCUCCCACAUCAACAGACUCCCACAGCAACAGCCUCCACAUCAACAAACUCCCACAGCAAUAGCCUCCCACAUCAACAGACUCCCACAUCAACAGCCUCCCACAGCAACAGACUCCCACCAACAAACUCCCACAUCAACAGCCUCCCAGCAACAGACUCCCACAUCAACAGACUCCCACAUCAACAGACUCCCACAUCAACAGACUCCCACAGCAACAGACUCCCAUCAACAGACUCCCACAGCAGAGCCUCCCACAUCAACAGACUCCCGUAGCCUCCCACAUCAACAGACUCCCAUCAACAGACUCCCACAGCAACAGCCGACUCACAAAGGCAUAGGCAGACGGACAGGCUGUGGGCGGCUGCUGCAGGAAUCUGAUAAUUAUAACACAGGGACAGCUACCAGGAGUGAUGGGUUAUCAACACAAUUCCAGAUCAAACUCUCAACGGUUCGUAAGUCCUUCCUUUAG